UGAAUCUGAAACAUUUACACAAUUUCGAUUCGACACUUUGCAUCGUCCGGUCGUAUAAUAUCGUUUGCAAACUUUCAAUGAGAUUAAGCAAAUACAAUUAAUUUUUGGUCGGUUGGUUCACAACGUAAAUAUCGUGAUAGAGUGAAUUUAUUGAAAACAUUUGGAUUGACAAUAAAAUGAGUGUGAUCAAUAUAAACUCAUCGUCGAAAGACCUAAUUGAAAAAGAUGACCAGGACCACAAUUCGUACAAAGAGGAAUGGCCAGAUAUCAAAGGAGCUUUCUCUCGGCAAAUGCAAACACUUUGCACAACAAAAACUGUUAUCGAUCGCUUUCCGAUUAUUGCAUUAGCACGAAAUUACAAAUUGAGUUACUUAUAUGAUGAUAUUGUAGCUGGGAUCAGUGUUGGUCUGACAGCCAUUCCACAGAGUAUUGCAUAUGCUGCCAUUGCUGGGAUCGAUACUAAAUACGGUCUGAACGCUUCCGUUGUGGCCUGCUUUUUGCUAACGAUAUUUGGAUCUGGUGUCGAGUUGUGUAUUGGACCCACAGCAAUUAUGUCGUUAAUGAUCCAAAAGUAUGUAGCUGAAAUUCCCGAGUUCGCAGUGUUCAUAGCUUUUAUUCUGGGAAUUAUCGUCCUAGUUUUAGUAGCUUUGAAUCUAGCAUUUCUAACACAAUUUAUAUCUAUACCAGUUAUAGCAGGCUUUACGACUGCCGCUGCCGUAACGAUUGCGUGCGGUCAGGUGAAGCCUCUGUUCGGAAUGCCAGGUAGAUCUUCAGAAUUUAUUGAAACAAUUGAAGAUUUCAUACAUGAUAUCAACACCAUUAAGUUGUGGGACUCUGUUCUCGGCGUGGCUUUGAUUAUCUUUAUACUGGUACUAUGGAAAUUGAAAGAUGUCAAGGGCAGAUUCGCUCCACUAUGCAAGUACAUAUCAUUAGGACGAAAUGCCUUGGCUGUCCUUAUCGGAACAUUAUUCGCCUUUUUCUUAACAACCGAAGAUACAGACCCUCCGUUCGCCCUUACCGGAAGGGUCGACACAGGACUGCCGCAAAUUGCAGUACCUCCAUUCAGUGUUGUAAAAAAUGAAAACGAAACGCUGAACUUCUUUGAUAUGCUGGAAAGUGUGGGACCAGGUUUCAUUACUAUUACAUUGAUCGGUGUUAUAGAAGUCGUCGCUGUGUCGAAAGCAUUCGCUAACGGACGUUAUGUAAACGUAAACCAAGAGCUAAUCGCCCUGGGAUUGCUGAACAUCUUUGGAUCAUUUCUCCAAGCAAUGCCAGUUACUGGAUUGUUUUCACGUACUGCUAUUAAUAAAGCCAGUGGUUGUCGUACGACCCUUAGCAGUGCCAUAACAGGAGUGAUGGUUCUUAUCGCAGUGACGUUCCUCACUGAAGCAUUUAGAUUUAUUCCGAAAGCAGCUCUAGCGGCUGUACUAAUUGCAGCAAUGAUCCUGAUGGUAGAGUUUAAAGAAGCUUAUCAUAUCUGGAAAACCAAACGGGUUGAUGUGAUACCAUUCGUUGUGACCCUUGUCGUUUGUCUAACGUUCAGUCUGGAAUAUGGUAUUUUGAUCGGAGUUGGAGUGAAUUUAAUGUUCAUCAUUUAUGCGUCUUCACGGCCACAAGUACGAGUUAACGAAUUGAUCAUUGAUGGUAAGGUAGUGUUGCAUGUCGAGCCGGAUCGAAGUCUACCAUUUUCGGCUGCUGAAUAUUUGAAACUGAAGAUCACGAAGAAAACGAUUGAUUCACCUGAUAUUAACAUUGUGGUUUUGGAUGGAAGAUACGUGAAGACAAUCGAUGUCACCUUAGCAGAGAACUUGCAAACGUGCCGUAAAGACUUAAAUAUUAACAAAAAAUCGUUAGUGUUCUGGAACUGGGGAAGACAGCCAACAAAUCUUGCAUGGCGAUUGGAUAAUAAAUUUGGAAAAUGUUUUUACCAAAGUGAAACGAUUGAAGAUUUAAUUGCAAUGAUUUCGGCUGAAAACGAUAAAGUGAAAUAAUUUUAUAUCUUCAGUGUGAUAGAUAAGUUACCAUUGUUGUACAUGUACAAUGUGCAUAAACCAUAAGAAAUUGUGAAACAAAAUAUAAAUUUGGCUGAAGUUCAAGUAAUUUGAACAUUCCGAUAGUCACACAUAGACAAGGCUCAACAGACAGAAAUUAUUUAUUAAAAAUUGAAGAAAUUUUGCUCCAAUGA